AUGCUCGUUGUGCCGCCGCUCUUCAUGCCGCAGAUCGCAGGAGGCAAGGGCCCGGGUACUCGGUGGCGUGUUGGACGUGAGCGAUUGAAGCCUGGCGUGGCCGGCACGGAGCCACAGGGCGUGGCGCGGCGGCCGCCUGCGCUGGCCGCCCGAGGGCCAAGGAGAGCGGAGGAGAGGGCAGGGAGGCGGGCGCUGGGCCCUCGCGUGGCUGUGCGACGGGCGGUGAUCUGGGGAUGGGGCUGCGGCAGGGCAUCUGUGAGGGAGAGGAAGGGGCUCGAAGCCCCUUACUCCACCAGCCCGAUCGGCCCGCCCCCUCCCCUUCUCUCCCUCCCGCCCGACGAAGCCUCACCGCCCCACGCCAGCACCUCCUCCGACGCGGAUCACCUCGCCCUCCUCCGCCUUCGUGCGCGCGGCCAGAUCUGGGGCGAGCAGGGCCGCGUGGAGGCGAGAUCCACGCACGACGGCGAGAUCCGGGCGCGGAGGUCGAUGGAUCCUCGAGCUCCGCCCAUGGCGAGGCGGAGGCCAUGGCAGCGGAGGGCGAGGCGGAGUAGGUGCCCUGCCUAUGGCGGCGCGGCUCACCGCAAAACUGGGGCCCUCCACCCUGCUCCCUCCCUCGGUGGCCAUGGCGGCGGGGCGGCGGAGGCCCGCGCGGCCGGCGCCCGCGCGAUGUGGCGGAGGUGCCCGGUGCCUCCUCGUCGCGCCCCUUCGAGCCCUCCCUCCCUCCGCGGCCUGGUACCGGCGCCGGGCCAGCAGAGUGGCGGCGAGCACCUGCCACGGCGCCGGGCCCGCAGGGCAGCGGCGAGCACCGGCCGCGGCUACGGGCCAGCAGGGCUGCAGUUGCACAGAGGCCAUGCCGGCCUCGAGCUCGAGCUAUGGCGAUGGGGAAGUGGGAAACAGCGGAGAGAGCCGGCGGCUGUGGCGGCCGAGGGGAGGCCUUCUUCGACCAGGUCAAAUCGUUCCCCAAAGCCUACCGCUGAAGAAGUCAAUCGAGCAAACAUGAAUCCCUUGCUGCGUUCCGCUGUCCGCCGUGUGCUGCGGCCGGCUGCUCGGCGUGCUUGUGAAGCUCAGAGACGAUGCAGCGAGAGGGAGAGAGCCAUCGCGGAGGUUAAGCGGAUGACACGGGACCACCUGCGUGCGCGGGACUCUGCGGCAGCAAAGUACAGUCAUUUGCCGAUGUACAACGGCGUCAUGUGUGGUGUUCUAAUCGCUACAGUCAUCCAUUUGUUCAAGCCGCGAGAAAAGAGUUCCCAGGAGAUAUGGCUGGAGAACAAUGCUAAGUCCAGAGAAGGAUCUGGAGCAAAUUAACAUGGCAAUGGCUGGUGUCGUCUUCAGAGUACUCAGCAGCUGCUUGGUAGAGAUGAAGCCGCUUAUUAGUAUUGGUUAGUCUAGUGUUCAAUGGGUCUUCAAGUUUUAUUGAAACAGUCUAUGUAUCCAUGUAAAUCAUUACCUUUAUAGUUAUAUUUUUUUUUGUCAUAAUAUCCACGCCUUCUUUCA